AGGAAAAUUCUUAACCUACACAUUAAGCUCACGUUAGAAUAUUGUUAUCCUCUCCAGUUCUCUUCUCCAUAUUAAGUGGUUUAGACGUCAUUUCGUGAUCUCUUGUUUUUCUCAGCAGCAGGCUCGCUAGAAAAUUCCUCAACCUAUAUUGUUUCAGGUUUUUCUGAACUUUUUGGAUAAUCGAAACGUAAUCAAGAAUUGGGAGUUUGUGGGACUGUGAUCCGGUACGAAAGUGAAGUCGCAGAACUCUCCAUAUACACUGAGUUGAAGUGAAAGCUGGCUGCAGCUUGGCAUGUGGGGGCGACAGCGUGAAUCAUACUCAAUGUAUAAGAGAAUGCCAUCAAAAGAUAAUCCAAACGUUGUAGAUGUAGAAGACAACUCAGCUCAUUUACUGGACAACUUUGAUCUGGAAACUACAAAUCCUCCAUGGAGGCUAUCUUUCCCCUACGUACUAGUGGCAACCAUAUCUUCAUUCUUAUUUGGCUAUCAUCUUGGAGUAGUUAAUGAACCACUAGAAAGCAUCUCUCAUGAUCUUGGUUUCAGUGGGAAUACCUUAGCAGAAGGUUUGGUAGUAAGUACUUGUCUGGCUGGUGCGCUUAUUGGAUCCUUAUUUAGUGGUUGGAUUGCUGAUGAAUUUGGCCGUCGAAGGGCUUUUCAGCUGUGUGCGUUGCCUAUGAUCAUUGGUGCUUCAGUGAGUGCGACAACUAGCACUCUUUUGGGUAUGCUUCUUGGAAGAUUCUUGGUUGGAACUGGAAUGGGUAUUGGGCCCCCUGUGGCAUCUCUUUAUGUAACAGAGGUUUCUCCUUCUUAUGUGAGGGGCACUUAUGGAGCAUUCAUCCAGAUUGCUACAUGUCUUGGACUUAUGGGAGCUCUGUUUAUUGGAAUCCCUGUCAAUGAGAUAUCCGGCUGGUGGCGCAUUUGUUUUUGGGUAGCUACAAUUCCUGCCGGAAUACUUGCCCUUGCCAUUGUCUUUUGUCCAGAGAGUCCACAUUGGCUGUAUAAGCAAGGAAGAAGUGCUGAAGCUGAAAUUGAAUUUGAGAGGCUUUUAGGUGGAGCACAUGUCAAAUAUUCAAUGGCAGAGUUGUCCAAGUUGGACAGAGGGGAUGACACAGAAACUGUGAAGCUUGAAGAAUUGCUUCAUGGCCGCCAAUUUAGAGUUGUUUUUAUUGGAUCAACCCUAUUUGCUUUACAACAGCUAUCUGGUAUAAAUGCUAUAUUUUAUUUCUCUUCAUCUGUAUUUAAAAGUGCGGGAGUAUCGUCCAAACUUGCAAAUGUCUUCAUUGGCAUAGCAAAUCUAUCAGGAUCUGUUGUUGCAAUGAUUUUGAUGGAUAAACUGGGAAGGAAAGUGCUCCUUCAGUGGAGUUUCUUUGGCAUGGCAGCAUCAAUGGCUCUUCAAGUCUUUGCUUCAAGUUCUUACAUGCAACAGACUGGAGCUUUAUACCUUUCUGUUGGUGGCAUGCUUCUGUUUGUCUUAACAUUUGCCCUGGGAGCUGGUCCAGUUCCAGGUCUUCUCCUUCCAGAAAUCUUCCCCAGUCGAAUUAGGGCCAAGGCAAUGGCAGUUUGUAUGUCAGUGCACUGGGUGAUAAAUUUCUUUGUGGGCUUGCUAUUCUUGCGACUACUGGAGCAACUUGGGGCACAGCUCUUGUACUCAAUGUUUGCAACCUUUUGCUUGAUGGCUGUGGUGUUUGUGAAAAGAAAUGUUGUGGAAACUAAAGGAAAGUCACUCCAAGAAAUCGAGAUAUCGCUUCUUCCACAGGAAUAGUAAAGGCCUUCUAUCCACCUUAAAGGUAGCAAACUCUUGUUAAAAAGUUGAGCAAUUUCUUCUCGUUUGAUGGUAGCUAAACAUAUGCCAGAAGACAUGAAGUUUAAGAAAUGGGUAUGUGAGAUAAAUAUGCAGUCUCAAAUAUGUAACCCCUGGUGUAUGAAAAGUUUGGGGUUUUAUAUCAUGUUCAUGCUUUAAGAUUUGUGUAUUUGAGGUGGAUUCAUUUUAAUGGACGGCUAUAUAUGUUAGUUAAUUUUUAUAAUUGCUAUUCAAAACCUAGAUCAGACAAAAUUAUGUACUUGAAUUGAAACUUUAUAUAGAGAAUAUAAUAGAUGUGCAAGUAGAAUGAA